GUCACAUGUCAUGAAUUGGUUAGGGGGGGGAAGGUCGUUAUAGGUUAGAAAGAAGAGUGUGUUUAGUAACUACAGUGUUCUUAAUUUUUUCGUUUAAGUAAACAAGUGCAUAGUAUUCUAUGUGUGAAUAUGAGUACCAGGCCACAGCAUUACUGUCUGAAGUGGAACAACUACCAGAGCUAUGUGGCAGAAAUAUUUACACAGCUCCUCCAGGCAGAAUCUAUGGUGGAUGUGACGUUGUGUGCUGAGGGUCAUAAAAUACGUGCACAUCGUAUUGUUCUGUCUGCAUGUAGCCCUUACUUUCAGGAUAUCCUGACCAAUACAGAAGAUUCCCAUCCCUAUAUAAUUUUAAGUGAAAUGAAUUCUGAUGAUGUAAAAUCAAUUGUUGAGUUCAUAUAUCGUGGAGAGCUAAAUGUUGGUGCUGAUCGUUUCACAUCAGUACUGAAACUAGCUGAAGAAUUGCAAAUAAGAGGCCUCAUGGAAGUCAGUAACCAUUUACCGAUAUUGGUAAAUAAAGAUGGUGAUGAAUCUAAUCCAGAACCUCUGUCGUCAACUCCAGCAUUGGAAGAAAAUCAUAACUCAAGCCAGUGUUCAGAUACAUUGCCUGAUAUGCCACAGACAGAUUCAGUAGAUAUUUUCAUGGAAGUUUCUGAAAAUGUGCAUGAAGAGCCUUCCACAGAAAGUACAAAAUUGGAAUCAAAGGAGCACACCCAGUUUGAGAAGAAGGGUGAGGAAGAGAAGAAAAAGAAACACAGAAGAGAAACAAGCAAGAAGUAUUACAGUGAAGAUAUGUUGUUGGCAGCACUAGAGGAUUUACGAGCAGGGCGAUCUCUUGUGGAAACAGCUGCAGCAUAUCGCAUCCCUCGCUCAACUCUGCAUGUGAAAGCUCGAGCACAAGGCAUUGCUCUUACCAUCACCAGACAGGAACACUCUGGUGAGAGAGUACAAGCAGCAAUCCAAGCUGUUGCAGAUGGUGCAAGUUUGCAGCAAGCAGCUGAUCUCUUUAAGAUUCCAAAGACAGUGCUUUGGCGACGUGUGCAGAAGGAAAUUGGGAGUUAUGCAAUGAGUUUUCGAGCAAAGCUGAAGCAGUCAUAUGGUUCAGAUAAGAAGCAGGCGGCAGUAAAGGCAUUGGAAAGGGGAGAGAACCUCACUAAGGUGUCACACCAGUUUCAGAUACCAAAGACAACUUUGUUUCGUGAAAAGGCACGUUUGGUAGAAGCUGGAAGGCUUCCAUGGACAUGUCUGCGAAAGCGGGAUCCUGAUAUCGGAGGCUUCAAGCAGCACAGACUCAGCGAAGCCGUGGCAGCCUGUAAAGAGGGAAAGAUGUCGCAGGCAGUGGCUUCUGUUACCUUCCAGGUUCCUAAAACUACAAUAUGGCGGAAGCUUCAGCAGAGUUCAAGGUCAGAAUUACCAGAACGUGAGGAGAAUGAAGCUGAUACUGCUGCAGCCCAACUGCAGGAACGCACAGAAUUUGCAUUUAGCGAGGUUUCAACACAAAUUCCAGUCACUUACAUCGAUGAAUCAGACUUCUCUGAAGCUUCUCUUAUCAUUCUCACUACUGGCGGCAGUGAAAGCAUGGAAGAGCAGAUUAUAGUCAAUAGGGAUGCCAUACCUGAUGAAAGCCAAGUAUCCAAGAACCAUCCGGCAAAAGAAGUGUCUUUAGCAACGAAUGGCUCCAACCAGAAUGCUGAUUCAGUUACAUAAUGCAGAGUUCCUGACUGACAGUUGCUCAAGACUAGUAAAUUCAGAAUAAGACAUAUGAAAGCCCUUGUGUUCUCAGCAUACUCCUGUAUGAUAUUAUAAAAAA